CGUUACAACUCAAAAUCAGGUGAAUUAAGGAACAGGGGUUCUGUACUUCGUAGUUUCUAGAGACGCCAGUCUUAAAAUACUUCCUCUACGAUGGCCCUCCGGCCCCUCCGCCACCACGCCGUCGGUCGGCUCUCUUCCCCCGCCUCCCGUCACAGCUGGUGGCGUCACAUGUCCACUGCCACCAGCAAGAAAACACCCCUUCUCUGGGACUAUACAAACUCCAACAUUACCACAGACAACCCACAGCAAAAUAAAGAAUCGGCAGUCACAAUCCAACUACUAUCUUGGGGUCGUGGGGCCUCUGGCCAACUUGGCGGGGGAAUCGAGGAAAUACGAUUAUACCCCUCACCCGUUGCAACACUCAUUCUCCCUCCCACUUUCAAACUUUCUUCCUCGACCCCAGGUCGCCUCUCCUCCCAGUGUUCAAAUGGUGUUGGGGCUGGGGGCCAGGUGGAAAUAGGGAUUUCUUGUGGACUUUUCCAUUCGGCUUUGGUGGUGGAUGGAAAGCUGUGGAUAUGGGGCAAGGGCGAUGGCGGCCGCCUCGGGUUUGGACAUGAAGACUCUGUCUUUGUUCCUACAAUGAAUCCUAAUUUCGACUCGGCUGUCAAAAGCAUAGCUCUUGGUGGUCUCCAUUCUGUUGCUCUCGAUUCCCUCGGCCGCGUCUUUACUUGGGGUUAUGGUGGGUUUGGUGCUCUUGGACAUUCUGUGUACCAUAGGGAGCUGUUACCUAGAUUGGUCGAAGGAUCUUGGGAUGGAGAAAUAUGCCAUAUUGCCACCAGUGGGACACAUACCGCUGCUGUCACUAAAUCUGGAAAACUUUACAUAUGGGGCCGAGAUGAAGGUGAUGGUAGGUUGGGCCUUGGUCCUAGUCGUGGUCCAGACCAGGCAGGUGGUCUCAGCAUUCCCUUUGAAGUUAAAGCACUGCCUGUGCCAGUGGUUGCUGUUUCGUGUGGCGGCUUUUUCACAAUGACAUUGACUGAAGAGGGGCAACUUUGGAACUGGGGUGCAAACUCUAACUAUGAGCUCGGUAGAGGAGAUAAAGUUGGUAGCUGGAAACCACAGCCUGUUCCCAGCCUGAAAGAUGUGCAUUUAAUUCAGAUAGCUAGCGGUGGAUAUCAUUCUCUUGCUUUGACUGACAAAGGGGAAGUGCUUUCAUGGGGUCAUGGUGGACAUGGCCAGUUGGGUCAUUCUUCCCUUCAAAAUAAGAAAGUUCCUGUACGAAUUGAGGCCUUAGCUAAUGAGAGGGUCACUUAUAUUGCUUGUGGGGGUUCUUCAUCAGCAGCUAUAACUGACAAAGGUAAGUUGUACAUGUGGGGAAAUGCCAAAGAUUGCCAGCUAGGUAUUCCUGGACUGCCGGAGAUACAAUCAUCGCCUGUUGAAGUAAAGUUUCUGGUAGAUGAUAACGGCAAUGAUGAACUAGGAAAUCACAAUGUACUUUCUGUAGCUGUUGGUGCUUCUCAUGCCAUGUGCCUUGUUUCAAGAUAAUGUUGUAGCUAACUCAACUCUUUUGCUCAAUUUUCCCUGUUAAUUGGUUAACUUGCCGUUUAAGAAAAAGUAGAAAUUAAUAAUAUCUGUAUACUGAUUUUCCUCUGAGGCUGAAACCAAGGUAUCGAGAUCUAGCAUCUGUGUUGUACACUGCGUAAUGUCUCGAGUUACACUAUGAACCUGCAUCAUAUGUUUCCUCGACUCGUAUAAACACUUUUAUGCGUUAUACAAUGUAAAAAUCUGAUACCUUUCUUUAUG